AGGCCAGCAGCUUCGUCAAUCACACAACCAAAUUAACCUUCUCAUACUUCUUUCUACUGCAACUCACUACCCUUCUUCUCAAUGGCUGCUUCAACUAUGGCUCUCUCUUCUCCCUCUCUUGCUGGGAAAGCAGUGAAGCUUUCACCAGAUGUCAUUGGUGAAGGAAGGAUCACUAUGCUCUUCCAAAAGAAGACAGCACCAAAGACAGCAAAGCCAACCAAAUCUGUAUCCUCCGGCAGCCCAUGGUACGGUGCCGACCGUGUUAAGUACUUGGGUCCCUUCUCCGGUGAGUCUCCAUCAUACCUCACUGGUGAAUUCCCAGGUGAUUAUGGUUGGGAUACCGCCGGGCUUUCUGCUGACCCUGAAACCUUCUCCAAAAACCGUGAGCUAGAAGUCAUUCACUGCAGAUGGGCCAUGCUUGGAGCUCUUGGUUGUGUCUUCCCUGAAUUGCUUUCCCGUAACGGUGUUAAAUUCGGCGAAGCUGUAUGGUUCAAAGCCGGUUCGCAGAUUUUCAGCGAAGGCGGAUUGGACUACUUGGGUAACUCAAGUUUGGUUCAUGCUCAGAGUAUUCUAGCUAUCUGGGCAACACAAGUUAUCUUGAUGGGUGCAGUUGAAGGCUACCGUGUUGCUGGUGGUCCACUAGGAGAGGUUGUCGACCCACUUUACCCAGGUGGUAGUUUUGACCCUCUUGGUCUUGCUGACGAUCCAGAGGCUUUUGCUGAACUGAAGGUAAAAGAGAUCAAGAACGGGAGAUUAGCAAUGUUCUCAAUGUUUGGAUUCUUUGUUCAAGCAAUUGUGACUGGUAAGGGACCUUUGGAAAAUUUGGCCGAUCACCUUGCCGAUCCCGUUAGCAACAAUGCUUGGAAUUACGCCACUAACUUCGCACCCGGCAAGUGAAGAAAUUUUGUAUGAGAUUGUCUGAUUAGAUUAUUGAAAACUGAUGGAGAGAUGUGAAUUAUUUAGUGAGUUCGUGAUUGUUUGUAAAUUUUUUGAAAGCUAAUGAAGACUUUGUUUGUGCCAAUUGUGAA